AUGUCCGUCCCUGCUCCUUCCCCCCAACUAUACCUGGGCCAAGCCCGGGACUGUGUCAGUUCGGAGGACUGCAUGGCCAUCUACGACAAGUGGGCCAAAACUUAUGAUGAGGAAGUCGGUGAUGAAGCUCAGAACUAUGUUGCCCCAAUGCUUGUUGCCCAGGCUGCUAUCAAAUUCAAGCUAGCAAACAGCCCUGCCAACAGCACAGUCCUGGACGCGGGUUGUGGCACAGGCCUCGUUGGUCGCGCUCUAGUUCUUGCUGGAGCGAAAGCUAUCGAUGGCCAGGACAUUGGUCCUGUUGUUAUCGAUGGGCUAGACUUAUCUCCCGCGAUGCUUGAAGUGGCCCGGGACACAGGGAUCUAUCGAGAACUCUCCAAGGCUGAUAUGAACCAGCCUAUUAGCAAGCGUGACGAGACUUAUGACAUCGUUUCUUGUGUUGGUACCUUCACUCUUGGCCACGUUGGGCCUGACCCAGCUCUGCGAGAACUUGUCCGGGUGACCAAGCCCAAGGGCAUUGUUGUUGCCACAAUUCUGCGAGAAAUCUGGAUCGAUGACGGUUUCAAGGCCGAAACGGAGAAGCUGGUGGCUGAAGGCCUGGUGACUGUGAUUGCAGAUGAACUGAUAGACUGUGUAAAGGGACAUGGCGACAAGGCAGUGCUGCUUAUCCUAGAGAAGAAUCCUCGAGUCUGA